AUGACAGAGCCAGUGCGCGCGUUCCCGGCCAUCACUGAGCAGGAAUUUUCUCAGGCGUGCGGCGUCCUGGAACAGAGGAGCUCGGACAAGAUCAGCGAUACGGAUUGGUUGAGCAUAAGAUGGACAGGCGAAGAACUGUUGAUCAGAGAGAAACGGAAAAUAAUCUGCAAAAAUGCCAAUAUCGAAGCUCCCAGUGAUUUCAAUGGCGCGGACGACCAUGAGCUGAUUGAGACUGGCAUAGAAGACUGCAUCGACAGCAACAGCUUUUUGCCGAGGAUUGACAGCUCGGUGUUCCUCAUUAUUGACUUCUCCAUUACCUUGUCUCCAAUCUAUUCUGUACCAGUUCUUUGGUUUGCAUGCCGAUAUGGCCAAGAUAACAAGGCGUUGACUCUGGAGCAAGUGUAUGCAUGGUUGGUGCCGAAACCGUCACUUGCUUCAUUGCAAAAAGUUGGCGUUAUGGGAGGUAUCAGUAUGGCGCACCAUCCGGUCUCAGAUCGGCCAGCUUUCUUCGUACAUCCAUGCAACACCCAAGACGCCCUUUCAGCUCUUGAACCCAAGUCUCUCACUCCGGAGGAAUAUCUUAUACUUUGGCUGGGGCUGAUUGGGUCUGCUGUGGGCCUGCACGUUCCGAGUAAGCUUGUGAGCAUCUAG